AUGAAGAUGCUCUACUACAAGAAUUCGUGGUCAUGUGCGAAUGUCAGUGAUCUGUUACAGCCGUCAGCCAAGUUCCAGCUCUCAGGGGGAAAACUUGUAGUGGCCGCACCUUACACAUCAUUGGCAGCAAGCAUACGGGCAAAAUCACCAGGAACCCCUGUGACAGUUGCCAGCAUGACCCAUCACAUGCUGCGUAUGGACAUGAGUGAAUUCGAUGAAGCUGGAGGGCUCGCUGUUCGAAUGGUCGAGGGAGAUUUUCUGUGGAUCCCAGAGGCAUGCGUCAUUGCAGAAUUUGCUAUGUCAGAGCCGGAUGAAAUAUCGACAUCUUUGUCAUGGUUGGGUAUGACGGAGUACCAAUGCAGUGAUGAGCAUCUCGAGAAUGCAAUCCAAAGUAUUCAAACACUCCUGGUUAUGUGCUGCCAGCCGAGCCAAAGACAUCUUGAAUCCGGUCUCAAGGCUGGACAUGCUGCCUUCCAGAAGAUUUUGGAGAUCAAACGAAAGACCGGCGAUGAGGUCAAAGAGGAGGAUGACGAAGAUGAUGCCACCCCUGCAGUUGCGACAGCUGCACCGUCACAGCCCAACACAAUUGCCGCAAUCAAUGCCAAUCCGUCCAGUGGCAACAAAGAUGGUGCCGCCCCUGCCGUCCCUGCAGUGACAGGUGCACCGUCAGAGCCCAACAGCACAGCUGCCAGACCACCGGAUGGCAAAGAUGGCGCCCUUGCGGCCACGCCAGCCGAUCCGCCCAGUGGCAACAAAGAUGAUGCCAAUGCCAGCCCUCCCCCUCCAGUGCCAACAACGGGUGCACCAUCACAGCCCAGCAGCACAGCAGCCACACCAGCCAAUGCCAAUGGCAACAAAGAUGAUGCCGCCCCUGCAGGCCUGUCACCAUCAGAGCCCAACAGCACAGCUGCCGCACCACCGGAUGGCAAAGAUGGCGCCCUUGCGGCCACGCCAGCCGAUCCGCCCAGUGGCAACAAAGAUGAUGCCAAUGCCAGCCCUCCCCCUCCAGUGCCAACAACAACGGGUGCACCAUCACAGCCCAGCAGCACAGCAGCCACGCCAGCCAAUGCCAAUGGCAACAAAGAUGAUGCCGCUCCUGCAGAGGUAGGUGCACCACCACAGCCCAGCGGCACAGCAGCCACGCCAGCCGAUGCCAAUCCGCCCAGUGGCAACAAAGAUGAUGGCGCCCCUGCAGGCCUGUCACCAUCAGAGCCGAACAGCACAGCUGCCGCACCACCGGAUGGCAAAGAUGAUGCCCUUGGCGCCCCUGCUGCGCCCUCAUCACCACCACAGCCCAGCAGCACAGCGGCCACGCCAGCCUAUGCCAAUCCGCCCAGUGGCAACAACGAUGAUGCCAACACCAGCCCUGCGCCUGGAGUGCCAAUAACCGGUUCACAGCCCAGCAGCGCACCAGCCACAGCCACAGCAGCCGAUGUGAACACGCCCAAUGGCGACAAAGAUGGUGCUGGCCUUGCCGCCCCUCCAGUGACAGGUGCACCACCGUCAGAGCCCAACAGCACAGCCGCACUACCGGAUGGCAAAGAUGAUGCCCUUGCCGCCCCUGCUGCGCCCACAACACCACAGCCCAGCAACACAGCGGCCACGCCAGCCGAGGCCGAUGCUAAUCCGCCCAGUGGCAACAAAGAUUAUGCAACUGCAGUGCCAACAACAGGUGCAGCAUCACAGUCCAGCAGCACAGCAGCCACACUGGCCAAUGCCAAUGCCACUCCGCUUUGUGGCAGCAAAGAUGCAAUUUCCAAGUCACAGCCUGACAGGCAUGUGAUCGCAGCUGAUGGCAACCAGCCGAAGCCUGAUGGCACCAAGGAUGCAUUUGCUAAAUCAGAAUCGACUGAUCCAAAGGUCAACCCAGUUGAAGUUGAAGGAGUGUGUGACUUGGUCGUUGACAUUUUGUCAAGCCAAGAAGAAGAACCUGCAGAUGGACACCCAGCCGGCCCAUGUCCGCCAGAACCAAAAACCAUUGCAACUGCAAUGGAUGUUUCCAGUGAGGAGGAGGGUGCCGGUGCAGUGAAUGAUCCUGAGGUGAGGUUGAACACCGGUAAGGAUGAACGUACCAAGGAAGACAUGACAGAGGCAGCGGCUGAGAAACCAACAACAGAAAAGAAGGAUGCCGACAAACAUGAUCCCGACUCAGAUUCAUCAUCAGAGUCAAACUCCGAAUCCGAAGCCCCAUCAUCCAAACAUGGAUUAGCCGAAGAGUCUGAUGAGCCUGCGUCCCCAGCACCAACUCCAAAGGCCGCGCCCAAGCGCAGAGCAGCUAGGGCGAAGGCCAGUCCCAAAGCAAAGGCAAAGGGUAAGUGUAAGGCGAAAGCCAGCCCCAAAGCAAAGGCCAAACGGGGGCCCAGGGCUUGCAGACCAAAAGCAUCCCCCAAGCCGAAGCCUGCGACUGCUUGCAAGAGCAAAGCGAAAGCCAAAGAGGUUGCAGAAAAGUUAUCCGCAGAGUUGCAAGAGUCCGGCAGCGGCAAGAAGACUCGGAAGCGAAAGAAUGCAGAUGAGUGA